AUGGCUUCCAGGGACGACGAUGAGCGCAGAUUCCGGGCUCUGAAGGUGCUGAGUGCCGAGUCGUAUGGAGGAGAUAGGCCCAUUUUUGAGAGAGAGAUCCUUGCGCAUCUUCGUGACGGAGACAAGGGAGAUGCCGGCUACGCCUAUGUUUGCCACCUCGUCGAUGAUUUUGAACACCACGGCCCCAAUGGAACCCAUGUUUGCCUUGUAUUUGAGCUCAUGGGAGAAACGCUGCGGAGCUUUGGUGCGUGGUUCAAGGAGGACAGGCUGCCGUACCCGGUAAUGCGCAGAUUCGCCAUCCAACUCGUCUUGGCCGUUCAUUUUGCACAUAAUCACAAUGUCAUUCACACAGAUAUCCAGCCGAGCAAUAUUUUUGUCAAGUUCCGAGACACGUCUCUCAUUGAGUCACGGUACCUCGUCAAUUCUCCCGCCCCUCAACAAGACAAAACCGAAGAGAGAUACUCUCCAGUUCCCUCCCAACCGCUUCGUGGCUACUACUUUGGCGAGGAAGACUCGAGAAGGGUCGCCGAGUUUGAUAUUGUCCUUGGCGACUGGGGAGUGGCCAGCUGGACCACACAGCAUCUCACCGAACAUAUCCAGCCUGUUGCUCUUCGCGCCCCAGAAGUCUUGAUUCGAGCACCCUGGGAUAUGCCCGCGGACUGGUGGAACCUGGGUGCACUGCUUUUGGAGCUCUACCGCGCGGUGCGCAUGUUUGACGGCAGAAUGCCACCGGACGGCCAUUACGAACUGAAGAGGCACCUAGCCGAGAUUGCCCAUCUGUUUGGCCCCUUUCCAAGAGAGUUUCUAGCAAGCGGGGAUCCAGAUCUUGUCCAGAGCAUCUUUGACGACGAUGGGAUGCCCAAGGAAUUCAAGCCCAUCGACUGA